AUGUAUUUUCAGAAAAAUGUCCUGAGAACCAUAUGGGAAGUGGCUGUGAAAAUCAUCUUUCUUUUACAGAUUGGAGUGGGGACUCUGGCCAAUGUCAUUCUCUUCUUCUAUAAUGUCUCUCCAAUCUUGCUUGAACACAGACAGAGGCCCUCACACACGAUUCUCACCCAUAUGUCCGUGGUCAAUGUCUUGGUUCUUCUCUCAAGUGGAAUUCCCCACACAACAGCUGUUUUUCUUUUGAGGAACCCGCUGUCCACUCUUGCGUGUAAAUUUUCAUUUUAUAUAUCCAGAGUGGCUCGCCAGACCACCCUGUGCUGCACCUGUAUGCUGAGCACCCAUCAAUUCUUCACUCUCUUCCCUGGGAGAGUGGAGUGCCUGAUGCUCAGAGGAAGAGCCCCCAAGGUCAUUGGUCUUUUCUGUUUUAUCUGCUGGAUUUUCAGUUUCUUAAUAUAUAUCUUUGUUCCCAUGACAAUCACUACUUCACAGGACAUGGAAAACGAUACUGACUUCCAAGGGACAUGGUUCUGUCCAUCCUCACAUUUUACUUCAUGCAUGUACAUCUUGUUCUCCAUCUCCGAUGCCAUGUUUAUUGGCCUCAUGGGUUGGGCCAGUGGUUUCAGGGUGCUUCUCCUGCACAGACACCACCAGAGAGUGUGGCAUAUUCACAGCCCUGAUGGCUCCCACAAAUUCCUAUCAGAGAUCAGAGCUGCCUAUACCCUCCUGAGGCUGGUGGUCACUUUUGUCAUCCCUUACAUGCUGAAUUCCAUUUUUACUUUUUACAUCACUUACUUCUUAGAUACUCGUUUAUGGUUGAUUCAGAUCUCUCAUAUUUUGGCUUCAUGUUUCCCCACUUUUAGCCCCUUACUGUUGAUCCUUAGGGAUCCUAGAGCUCCCAGUUUCUGCUCUUGA